AUGUUUGCUCAAACUCUGAGUUUAAUUGUCGGUAGCGGACCAGCAACGGUGGCGAUGUCUCCUGCCCUUUCUACUCCUGUCUAUGAUCAGCAAGUCUCAUUGACGAGGAACAUAGAAGCUGUGGGAGUACGUUUUCGAUUGCUCUCAUGUGCACUGAAUAUGCUACAAGGAGAAGUCACAGCUUCGAGACCUUCAAACAAUGUGAUUCGACAGCGAAUUUACGCCUCCGCCCUUGAUUAUUUUACACAACCCCCUCAAGGACCGACCCAAAGCACCGCCCAGUUGAAAGCCGACAUCAAAUUGUUGAUCUCAUUCUGGCAAGUCCUAUACGCUGAUGGAAAGUACAUCAAGAAAGAAAUUUUUCUUUCGCGAGAUAACGAAGUAGGAGUCGCUGCAAACCUCAACCAGUUGGAGCCAUAUGGAGAUCAAAUGCAAAGUUCUUCGAGAUCUGGCACACAAACUUGGCAUACAGCCGCAUCAAACAGCACUUACUACGUGAAUACCCUCACAUUGUCGAAAAAUGCUCUAACAUCUUCUACACGAGGAAGUAAGUGUUGAAU